GAACAUGGUAACAGUCGUGUGCAGUGGUUAGUGGUGAACUGUGAUAAUUAAACAGAUAGAAAGAGAUAUAAAAUGUCAAGUACGAGCAUUGACGAAAACGUGAUACAGCCUAAGACGCUACAAGAAGCGUUGAAUUACAUCAAAUUCCUGAAAACAUCGCACAAGCAAGAAAAACUAAGGAUGAGAGAAGCGUAUGUGAAGCUCUCAGAUAAAGUUAAACAAUUAGAAUCGAGCAGGAAAGUAGAACUUGAAUAUCUAUCCAGUGAAUUACAGAAAUACGAAUUAAAUCUAGCACUACGAACAGAGUCCAUCAAAAAGCAAAUAAGAGGGAAAGACGAAAUCAUAAACAAUCAACAGAGCAUCAUAGAUGAUUUAAACGAGAAAUUAAGGCUAAAAGAACAAUUCACAAUCCCUCAAAUCAAUGUCCAUAUAGAAUCAAAUUCUGAUUCAGGAGUCGCGUUGGAUAACGAGGAAUUACUGAAGAGUGAACAGAAACCAGACAGCAAACCGGCACGAAAGUGCAGUAGGCGAUUCGGUGAAACGAUUAGUUUCUUACGUCGAGUCGACUUCUCGCCUAUGAAAUACAAGCCAAAUAGAGAGGCAAAGAAGAAGGAUGAUAAGAAAAAGAAACUAGAAGUACCUAACGAUGACAAAGUAAAUUUCCAUAAAAUCAAAGUAACGAGUGAUGAUGAUAGACCAUCAUCUGAUAUCUAUUCAGAUGGUGUGGAACAAGUGGUGAUCAAACCCAAGAAAAUGAAUGACAGUAUGAAUAAUCACUUCUCUGAUGAUGGAAGCGAGGAUACCAGUGAAGAAAUAUUCGAUAGAGUGAUGACCAGAAGUAGUAUUAGGAGAUCGGUUAAAGCGAAUCCAAAAUACAAGAAGAUAAACAGAACAAAAUCAAAGUUGUUAGGUCAAGUUAAAGUUAAUAUAGGUGAUUAG